AUGUCUACGUGGUUUACUGUUCUCGCCCGUGUAGCUGAGUUUACUGCCUUUGACGCUAUUCCUUUGGCAGCGGACUGUCUGCCCAUCCAUCAGUUGCGUAUCAAUGCGGCAGCGGAAUUAACUUGCACACCGCGGUUUGUAGACGCUACUCGCACGUUCGAAUUCGAAGCGAAGCUUACUGGGUACUAUGGCGAUCCCGCCCCUCCAGCCUUACGCAACGACAGAGCCUUCAAAGCUUCGCAAACCCGUACAAAGACUCAAUACAUUUACGCUGAACAGUCUCCCAAAUUUGAUCGCACUCUCGGUAGCGAAAACCUGCGCGCUCAGAGCAGGCUCUUCGUCGAUGGUUUCUAUACCUUUCCAGAUGAGGAGACCCAGCAGCCUGGGUAUCUUGACUUGCUCGCGGUGUCCUUUAACUCCACCAACAAAGACCCUGUAAACAGUGUCGGUUCUCCUGCCAAGGGGGGCUCAUCUCGUCGUAGAGAUGUGCCGCUUAAGAUGUCACCUGGCAAGCAGGCAAACAUGAGAAGAGUGCCCGCUCCUAUGACUCCGCCCAACUCGCGCUUUGCUUUGCACAGUGGGAGUUCCGCUUCAACGCCUCAUACUGUAUCUGACACAUUUACUCCCGGGAGCGCCAGUUCCACCCCCUCCCUCACAAUGGGUGAUGGCAGCAGGGGGGGUUUAGUUGUUGAUUUUGAGGUUCUCAAGAGCGGGCCCGAGGCUCAAGACGAUCAUUCUGCGAUGGGCUCUUUUGCCCCAGGUGGUUUGCAGAACAAGCGCCAAGCAACUGCUCCCCCUCAGGAGCCUUCUUCUAAGCGCAGUCGGAAGCCGAGCCAGAAAGCAAAGGAGAUGUUGACCGAAGAUGAGCUUGAGGAAUAA